AUGGCCAGAUGUAGGGCUUGCAAAGGCAAGCACAAUGAACUUCUGUGUGAUCCGAGUAGGAGAGCUGCUCAGAAGAAUCCCUCCAAUUCAGGUCAGUCUGGGGCUGCAGAUCGGAACUCCAUGAAACCGGUCACAUCGCAUGUAGGUGUGUCCUGUUCUACCGAGGGGGUUUUGACUGUACCCCAGGUUGCCCGCGUCCUCGUUAAAGGCGAGAGGGGUUCAGUUGAAGCAACUGUUAUGUUCGACUCUGGGUCUGAUACCUCAUGUGUUUGUUCUGAUUUUGUAGAGAAAAUCGGUCCUAAGUGGGUGACUGCCAAAAACAUGUCCUUUGCAGCCUUUGGUGCAAGUUCUUCAUCAGCCAGUAAGGUACAUAAUGUAUACAGCCUGGAUAUGCAGGCAAAUGACGGUGUCACAAGAUCACUUAAUGUUGUCAAAGUGAAAGCGAUUAGUCCACCUAUGGAACGACCAAGGGUACCAAACCACUUAUUAAAAUCACUUGGACAUAUGAGCAUAGCAGAUGACUACAACACGGAUAAAAAAGUCACAGUUGACAUCUUGAUUGGCCUUGACAUGUAUUGGAAAUUUGUUAAACAGGGUUUCAUACAGGUCACCACUGGUCUUGUAGCUCAAGACACCAUCUUUGGGUGGGUAUUGUCUGGGUCUUACUCAAAUGGUCUGAGUGAGACACCAAGCCAGUCAACUGCUAUGGUCAGUCAUGUUAGUGUUAGUCAUAAUUUACUGAUUUUGUCAGAUAUUCCAGACGCGACGCUCUCCAAGUUUUGGGACCUAGAGUCCAUUGGUGUGACCGAUAACGGAGAGUCGAGUCUUGGAACAGAUAUGAUAAUCAUGAAACAAUUCACUGAAACGGUUGAGUUCAAAGAUGAUAGGUAUGUAGUUAGACUUCCAUGGAAAGAAGGUGCUAAGCCAUCGCUGUUGAAUAAUAGAAAUUCGGCAGAAGGCCGGUUACAAAGUUUAAACUGUAAACUCUCUAAGAACCCAGUGUUAAGGGGUCGGUAUGAUGAAGCCUUGGUCGAACUAGAGACUCUUGGAAUCUUUCAGGAAGUACCUCCGACAGAAAUUGUACCAAAUGAUGAGCGCCCCGUAUUUUAUCUACCCCAUUUCCCAGUCAUAAAAGAGUCAAGGUUGACUACCAAAAUUCGACCUGUGUUUGACGCCUCAGCUAAGGGGGCUAACGGAGUGUCACUGAAUGAUUGCAUUGAGUCAGGACCCAACUUGUUGCCAGGUCUAUUAGACAUUCUAAUCAGAUUCAGACGAUGGCGGGUCGCGAUGACCAGUGACAUCACCAAAGCUUUCCUACAGAUUGCCGUCAACAAGGAAGAUCAGGAUGUCCAUCGCUUCCUGUGUACAAAAGAUGGGAAAGAUAGGGUGAUGAAAUUCUUGCGUGUCCCAUUUGGCAAUACAGCCAGUCCAUUUCUCUUAAAUGCAACCAUCCGCCACCAUCUGUCUCAGUACUCUGAUUCUGAAACCUCUACUGCUGUCGAGGAACUGAAGGAAAAUUUGUAUGUUGAUGAUUGGAUCACUGGGGCUGAUUAUGAAGAUGAGACUUGUGAGUUGUUUCGUAAUGGUCAAAAGAUUCUAAAAGAAGGUAGUCUGUCAUUGGCAAAGUGCAACUCUAACAAUGAGGUAAUCAAAGACAUGUUCAUACACGAGUUUGAUUCUCACUCUGGUACUGUAUCAACAAAGAUACUUGGGUUGAAGUGGUUGAAAACAGAAGACUGUUUUGCAUUUGAUGGAGUUGACAUCCCUACACAGAUUGUCAGAACCAAAAGAGUUGUUUUGAGCUUCAUAGCGAGGUUGUUUGACCCGUUUGGUUUCUUGUCACCCUACAUCAUGUAUCUCAAAAUUUUGUUGUAA